AUGGAUACAGUCGCCAAGGAUUCUAGGGAAAAAGUCGACAGGGUGGAAAACAAAAUAGACUCCGUGGGCAUUGACAUAGAGGGGGCAAGGAGAAGGAUAUCGGACUUGGAACAGGUCAAUAAAAGAUUAAGAGACGACAUGAACUAUGUGCAAUCACAGAAGGAAGAAAAUGAAACGCCGACAAAAUGCGAAGAAAUAGUGAGAACAUUCAUGUCGGAGAAGCUAAAAUUUACCAAGGAAGCGGUGGCUGCCAUGAGAUUUGAGAGAGUGCACAGGAUGGGCCACAAAAACACAAACGGAAUUAGACCUGCCGGAAACGGCGGCGAUGAGAGGCACCGAAGCAUCGUGUGCAAAUUCUCGUUCUUCAAUGACAGAGAGCAGGUCCGCGGGAGCAGCCGAAAUUUAAUGGGAACGCCGUUCUACGUCACAGAGCAGUUCCCACCGGAAGUUGCACUCAAAAGGAGGCGUCUCUUAAAAAGAGCCAAAGAGGAAAAGCAGGCGGGAAAACGGGCGUGGGUGUCAUACGACACUUUAUACAUCGACGGCAGGCCAAUAAAGGAUGCAUAG